AUGAUAAUGAAAAACAUGACCACAAUGAGUGGAUUCCUCCUCCUGGGAUUCUCUGACAUUCGUGAGCUAAAGAUUUUACAUGCUUUGCUGUUCUUGAUGAUGUAUCUAUUGGCUUUGGCAGGUAACCUCAUCAUUAUCACCAUCACCACCUUGGACCAUCGUCUCCAAUCCCCCAUGUAUUACUUCUUAAAGCACCUUUCCCUUCUGGACCUCACCUUCAUUUCUGUCACAGUCCCUCAGUCUAUUAACAACUCUCUGAUGGAUGAUGGCUAUAUUUCCCGUGGUCAGUGCAUACUCCAGGUUUUCUUCUUCACAUCUUUGGCUUCAACUGAGGUAGCCAUUCUCACAGUGAUGUCUUAUUGCCGCUAUGUGGCCAUCUGCUUCCCACUGCACUAUGAAACCAUCAUGUAUCCUAGGAAGUGUAAGUGGGCUGCGUUAGCUGUAUGGCUAAGUGGAAGCAUCUCUGGAAUCUUGUACACAACAAUCACACUUUUUAUUACAUUCUGUAGAGUGAAAAUAAUCCACCAGUUCUUCUGUGAUAUUCCCCAGUUGAUAAAGCUCUCCUGCUCCAAUGAUUACCUUGGAGUUGUUGGAGUUAACAUUUUCAUGGCUAUGAUGGGAUUGAUCUGCUUCACCUCCAUUGUCCUCUCCUACAGCCACAUCUUCUCCACAGUUCUAAGAAUACCCUCUGCUGAGGGCCGAUCCAAGGCCUUCUCCACCUGCCUGCCCCACCUCUUUGUUGUCUCACUUUUUAUCUCCACAGGUGUCUUUGACUUUCUCAAACCAACUUCAGAUUCACCCAGUGCUUUUGAUGUUGUGAUUUCUAUCUUUUAUUCAGUCAUGCCCCCAACUUUCAACCCUAUUAUCUACAGCUUGAGGAAUGAGGCCAUAAAGGGAGCCUUCAGAAAGUUACUAUUGGGUGAAUUCACUAUGCAAAAGACAUUUUUCUCCUGUUGUUAG